UUUAUAAUAAUACUAUUCUCUUGAAACAUAAAAACACUUUAUGGCAUUAAGGUCGAUGACUUUUGAAAAGGAGCUCCAAGGACACGUAUCUAGGAAAGAAAAAUUGUAUUUUCAUGAAUCCAGGAGGAAAUUUAAAAUCCAAGAGAUGAAGGUUUUAUUGAUUCCAAAGAAUACCUCACAGAAACAUAGUCAGAAUAUCUCCACAACCUUCCUCAAGCUAGACAUCCCUGACCUGAAAUCCUUCAAGAAGGAGAACUCUUGUAAUAUUCUAAGUAACUCUAUUGAUGGGAAGACUAAUUCAGUCAGUGUGUCUGGAGGGUCACGGAACUUUCCUUCUCUCAAAGACCUGGCUACCGAAAUCAGCCCUUACACAAAUGCCUCUAGCCAGAGCAUCAUGAGCAGGAAAAUGAACCCAAGGAUGGAUAGGUUCUCACAACUUAUAAAGACAAAGCAGAUGUUGAAGCUGCAUAGUAGAAAUGCUGCAAGCUUAAAGAAUUUGAAACAUAGCGUAUCGAUACCUACUUCCGAACCCCAUCAAUUAAAACUAUUUAGUAACCAAAGAAUUAAGAGCGAGCUCGGGAGCUCAAUGUGCACCAAUAGUUGUACUUCGAAACCUAGUAAGCAAAGAGUGAAGAACUCUAAAGCAAAAUUGAGACUUCUCCAACCCAACAAAUGGAAAUUAAGGAAAGAGUUCAUUAGAAGUAUAGAACUCUUUCCAAUAGACGGAAGGCGAUUGAUCUCUAAUGUUAAGAAAAGUCGCUCAAAGUCUAAAUGUUUCUCUCGGAUGAACAAGACUGGGUCAAAAUGGUCUGCUCAGAAGUAAAUUCAUCUUAUCAUUCUGAAAUGUUGUAUGAUCGAAUGAAUUUUAAUAAGAAAGUUCAUAAAAAUGCGUAUAAAUUGAAUUGAAAUUAUUACAUGAAUUCAGGAAUCUCUACAAUCCUAUUACUCACUUUCUCAAGGGCUAACAUUGAGAGAUUCAAUGUGCUGAAAAGUAGAAUUUGUCUGUCAAAUCAAUUAAUAGUUCAGAUUAGUCUAUCCACGUCUAUUUCACCGUAUUAUACGUCAUUUUUGC